AUGUUUACCCUCCCAUCCGUCCAGAUGCUGGUGGUCUUCAAGUCGUCCCCCAUCUUGAAACGUGCCUUGCGUGUUCGUCACUCCAUGCUGCAGUUGUAUGUGUUGAAGCUCCUCAAACUUCAAAGCCGUUAUUUUGGUCGGCAAUGGCGAAAGAACAACAUGUCUGUCAUGUCUGCCAUUUACCAAAAAGUUCGUCAUCGCCUCACGGAUGAUUGGGCAUAUGGAAACGGUAUGUAUCAUCACUUCAUCUUCAUGGCUUCCCUGUGUACCUUAGCCACCCACUUUCCUACAGAACAGUUUCACCAGCGUCGUUACUAUAGUGACUAUCUGGAGCCGGAUUUUCACCCAGUGGACAAUCACCUAGCCUCCGUGUUAAACCAACCGAUGGAGCUCCCGAGUGGGUUCAAGAGGAACUACGAGCGAUGGCUGGAGGAGGAGGUCUUUUCCACCCCUAUCAACUGGGAUCGGGUCAUUCUGAGCGAUCCCAUUGCCAACGCUGUGUAG